CUGCUACUUGAUAUCUGGAGAGAUGCCAUGAAUAUUAGACGCUAAUUGCACGAUGACCCAAUUGCUCACUUCAAUACGAACGUUCGGAGACGACGACUGAGAAAAGGAAAAUGGUUUUACUUAUUCUAAAAACGGAACUUACUGGAAAAUAAAGAACUCGUGCAUCUCCCUAAACCGUUCGAUACUUUAUCACUCGUGACGAUCAUGCGAUGGCGCAGUCGGUAUGUACGGAUUCCUAACGUACCGUCCGCGGCCCGCCUCUGAUCUGUGAUACGUCUGGAUCUAUUUCGACGUAUUCAGCGCGUGCUUAACAUUCAUCAGAGAUUUGGUCCCAUCCAUCCGAUUUUCCCGGAGUGUUGAAUCUGGUCCAAAUUUGUGCUUCUCCAAUAAUUCGUGCUCCAACCCUUAUCGUGUUCUUCAUCACUGUGAUCUUCUCGCUCCGUGGUGUUCAACAGGAUUCCUUGCCACAGUCCCGGUCUUAUUGGUUGACUGGUUGAUCUCUCGGCCUUCAGAUUAUUCGGAAGGUAGGAGGUAUGGCUCAUAGGGAUGAGAUUCAGGUGCUGAAGGCCAGCCGUAGAGGCUUCAAGGCCGCCUUAACUAGAGCAAGGAAUGUGGCUGAGUCGGCUCUUGAAGAUUUCUCGGUGGGUGAUGAUCCAGUUCUAUUGGAGAAUUUCAUUUGUCACUGGGAUGAGCGUUUGCACAAAUAUUUGAAUGCUGAAGAUCAGGUGAUCUGUCAUCUUUCUUCCGAUGUGAAGGAUGCAGACCCGGCCGUGGACGAGCAUACGUCAGCCUUUAUUAAGGCAAAAUCACAAGUAACCGGUUUAUCGAGGGAUUUUGAUGCUAUUCGGCUUAGGAAUUUGACAGUUCCGAUCCAGACGAGUUCAGGUUCUAAUCAUGGCCAUGGUCAAACUACCCCCGGACUGCCCAGAAUCGAUGCCAAGAGGCCUCCGGUUCUUCAAGAGGAUACUGACCACAAGGCUUUCACGCGGUGGCGUCCUUUGUGGAAUAAUUAUUCCCGUCUCACAUUUCUAGAUCAGCGCGAUCAGGCAAUCCAAGUUGGACUCUUUUGGGAGUGUUGCAGUGGUGGAUUUUUGAGAAUCGUUAAUCACUCAUUGGGCAUUCGAACUGACACUGGCCGUCCCGUGAAAGAGAUUCUGGAUCUUAUCGAGGAUCAUCUCCGCAGUUUACGAAAUGUCCAUUUGGACAUGCGUGAUCUCCUGGCCGUUCGUCAGAAAGAGGGUCAGGACUAUACCUCAUUCUGCAAUAUAAUUAGAGAACUCUCCGAUUAUGCAGAUGCUUCCAAAGUCACAGAAGAUCGUCUUCUAAUUGCGCUCUUAUUACAGGGUAUGAGAAAUGAUUCUGACAAGGCCAAGAUAAUGGAACGGAAUCCGAACACGUUCGAUGAAGCCCGGAGAUAUAUCCUUGAGUUGGAGACCGCUCGUAAAGGUGCUCGCGCUUUUAAUCUUCAGCAAACCUCUCAGGCUAUCAACAGUGUAGAUCGGAGCGUCCAUGUUACCAAAUCUAAUUACAAGAAAAAUGGUGGCAAAUUGGGCAAAUGGCCGGAGAAGAAACCUCUAAAGAAGCUUGAUUCAGAGGUAUGUUCUCUUUGCGGUUCUUCCAGAAAACAUUCUCGUGAGGAUUGCCCCGCUGGGAAGACUUCUUGUCAUGGUUGUGGUCGACUUGGACAUUGGAAACCGGUUUGUCAACAAAAAGGGGACAAGAAAGCAAGCAGUAUCCAUCUUCGUAUUGCAUCGGCAUCAUCCCCGAACCAUGGGAACCGGAUCGAUAUCUUGGUAUCACCUAUUGGAUCAAAUGAGUCCACAAGCUUGCAAUUCUGUGCUGAUACCAGUGCCGAUGUUGUCAUCAUGGGUAUGAACCAAUUCCGAAAUUCGAAUUUAUGUCAGAUGGUUCCCGUUGAUUCUCAUUUUGAUAAUACAAACAUUUCUGGUGUUGAUGGGCGUCCUCUUGAUCUUUUUGGCACCUUCAAGAUAGAUUUGUCCGUGGACAGUAUCCAUCAAGCCCAGGACGUGACAGUCGUUGUCAGUCCCGAUUUGGACGACGCAUAUUUGAGUUUGGAUGUGUGUAGAGAGCUUGGAAUUGUUGGUCUAGAUUUUCCACAUCCGAAAAUAUCCCAUGUCGAGUCAUGCCCUUCUCCAGAUCCGGAACCACAUUUCUGCCUUUGACGAUUCGUGCCUCAAACCUUUACUCGGUCCAAUUGUAGGCGAUCCCAUGGUCAUUACAUUAAAAGAAGGAAGACGCAACCCCGUUCGCCAUCAACACGGC